UUGUACUGCGCUAUAGUGUCAGCAUUUUAAUCGAAAAGUACUGCGCUAUAGUGGCAGCAUUUUCUCGAAAACUGAUCGUGAAUGCUCUAUUCCUUAUUUUGACCAUGCAGCCAUAGUAUAUGCAGUUAGUAAAUAUUUGCUGUUUCAGAACAUAAAAUAAAAGACAAGAAUUAGUGACAGUGAAAGUGUAAAAUAUGCAACACAGUUGACUAGUGGUUUCUUUAUCAAACUAGGAACACCUGAGGCAAUAUGGUUUACUUGCCUUUGAUAGUCAUCUACGUUUUAGCUUCUGUUAGAACAACGGACGCCAAAUAUGAAAACUCAUUUUUCAGGGACAGCAAAUCAUCAAGUGUUUUAUCUACGAUUUUUAAGAAUGCAAAGGAACAUCAAGGCUCUCUUCUGCCUUCCCGCAAUGACCUUGUUUUAAUUCUGGACUCAUCUGCGGCAGUUGGUGAUCAGCAGGUUUUCGCAUCUUCACGGAAAUUUGCGCAUGGUGUUGUCAGGGAAUUCAGUGUCUCACCAUCUACGACCAGAGUUAGUCUUAUUCUCUGCUCGUCAAAGCCUUAUUUACAGUUUGGACUUGAUAAAUUUGUUAACAAGGAAUGUACUCUGAAGGCUAUUAAGAAUGCCAGUCCUUCUUCCGAUCAGCAUUGUGAUCUGGGGUUGUCAUUAAAACAAGCCUAUCGAUUGAUUCUACGAUCGAGAAAACAGAGAUCUGCAAUACAUAGGCCAAGACCAAUCGUACUUAUUAUCAAUGCAAGCCCACACUACAAACAAACGGCGAAAAUAGCGCAAACAUUACGUGGUAGCAGAGUUGAAAUCUUUCUAAUAACUGUUGGUAUCCCUGUACUUGAUGCUAAGAUAAGAGCAUUGAUUAGCCAUCCUGUCAAUCAACAUCAUCUCCAUGUGACACAUGUCAAUCAACUUGAUAACUAUGCUGAGAUAGUUCAAAAUCAAGGAUUGAAGCGAACGUGCCAUGGCAAAGCCACUGCAUUCGAUGAGUGUGAUCGUCGCUGUCAGUGUUCUAACAGUCAAAUGGUGAACUGUCAUCGUGUAAGGAAGGACUUCCAAUCCAUGUCUUUGGCAGAACGUCGUCGAUAUAUUAAAGUUCUAAAGACAGCCUCUACUGCAAAGCCAUACAAGCGAAUCUACGAUGAAAUAACAAGCUACCAUCCCAGAUGGUUUGAUGAUGUUCAUAAAGUCGAGUACUUCUUUCCUUGGCAUCGCUGGUAUAUCCUUAAAUUUGAGAACUUUCUUCGUCAAAUCGAUUGCCGAGUCAUUGUACCUUAUUGGGACUGGAUCCAAGCCGUAAGUGAUAAACGCCUGUGGAGAACUAAACACUACUUUGACAUCUGGUAUCCAGGACCUCAUGGAUUGGGGGGAAAUGGCGAGGGACCUGAUCAGUGCGUCCCCAAUGGACCAUUUGGUGCAGGACAUUGGAUUCCUUCGCUACAGUUCAAUAUGACCUGUCUAACACGUGAAUUCAACGGUUGCUGGGAAAACCGUUUGCCAAAAGUGGCAGAUAGAGACAAAUUGCUGCAGCUUCCUGUGGAAGAUUUUGAAAACUUUGAAGGAAACGUAAGAGAAUGGCUUCACGACAAUUUUCAUAUGGCUAUCGGUGGAAUAAUGUCUCUCGAUGCUUCAUCAAACGCGCCUGAAUUCUGGUUCCACCAUGCGUUCCUGGACAAGAUAUGGACUGACUGGCAGAAACGUGGUUACGAAUUCAAACAUCAAUAUUAUCAUAAUGUAAAAACUAGUUUACCAGGAGCUAAAGUUAAUGGGAAAAUGUUUACUGACCAAUCCAAACAGCCAGCGUGUGUGAAAGUUGACUACGCGGAGCAUCCAAAACCAUUUGAAUUCCCAGAAGAUAAAUUUAAUCAUAAAAUAAAGCAUCCGACACUAGUACAAACUUGUGAUGAUGAUGAUGACAUCGAUGAUAAUGUCACCAAAUAAAAUCACCCUAUUACGUACUAU